AAAUACUUAGAAUUUUUUUGUUUAAAAUCAUUUUUUGCAGUGCAGGACAUGUCUGGGGAAAAUGGCACGUAUGGUCACUCUACUCUAAUCAGUUUGUGCUUUCGUUAUGUAGAAAUAAACUUUACUGAAAAGUUGUUUUGAAACUACACAGAAUUAAAUGACAAAGACGUCAGUUUUGUCUAAGUUGUCUCUUUGAAAGUGAUUAGUCAUCUUCUGGUUAGUUGGCAGUUGCUAGUCAGAGAUGUUUGUGUGUUCAGGAAUGAGCUGGGAAACAUCCACAUCCCCCUCAGAGCUGCAUUUCUCACCUACAGAAACCACAUCCAAGAUGUGUUACUACGACGAUGGGAAACCUUAGAGAUGAUGCUGUAUUCAUGUGGAAUCAUCUCACAUUGUUUCUAAUGAAAAGAGAUUUGAACUGCAUUUCAAAAGCUUUUAAUGGACAACAAAUAAAAGUUGCCUUGAAUGCAUGCUUCAUAUUUUUAACCUAAGAAAACAUCUUCCUUCUUAAAAUGUAAUAUGAAAAGUCUUUAUUUCAGAUGAAAACACAGUCUGCUGAUAUUCUCAGUUAAUUUAUCAUUUCUGGUUUGAGUUAAAAACGCAAAAGUCCUCAAAACGGUGAGGCGUUGUCCUGUGAAUGACAAAUCAACCCCCAAACAUCGAUACGUUCAUGAUGAAUUUGAUGAAGGAUAUUUGUGUGAUAAUUGGGAGUGCAGUAUGACGAGAUCUGACUGUGAGGUCACUUCCUGUGUUUGAAAUACUGGGCGUCUAUAUAAACCCAUAAGAAGUGACUGACCGUCAUUUAAGAUCUGCAGACAUCAAGAGAACAGACAGCUGAGAGAGACAACGUAAGUACUUCACAAACACAUAAUUAAUCUUAUGAAGUUUAGUGUUUAUAAAGUUUAUGUUUUCCUUCUUCUUCUCAGUGUGUUUUGGGAUGAUGUUGAAGGGUCAACGGUCUCAGCAGCGUCUCGCUGUCAUCUUACUUAUGGUGGUGACGAUCGUUCAGUGUCAAGAUGGUGAAAGCAGACGGGCGGUCACAGAGCAUCAGUUGAUGCAUGAUCGUGGUCGCUCUAUUCAGAGUCUGAAGAGAUUGAUCUGGCUGUCCAGUGCAAUCGAGGGACUUCACACCGCCCAGACCCGCACACUGACUGCUGGUGACCCAGACACCCGCCCGGGUCACUUCCUCACUCAGCCUGGCCACAGGAGGACACUGGAGACGCUGCUGAACGACAUGUACAGACCUCACCUCACCGCUGUGCUCGGAGACAGAGAAAAAUAACAUCUGAUGUCCCAGAUAAACAGACUCUUGCCUGUUUGAUGUCCCGGAUAAUCAGACUCUCAUCCAUCUGAUGUCUUGGACAAUCAGACUCUCAUCUGUCUGAUGUUUUGGAGAAUCAGACUAUCACCAACCUGAAGCCCCGGACAAUCAGACUCUUCUGUCUGAUGUCAUGGACAAUCAGACUCAUCCAUCUGAUGUCCCAGAUUAUCCGACUCUUAUCCAUCUGAUGUCCCAGAUUAUCCGACUCUUAUCCAUCUGAUGUCCCAGAUUAUCAGACUUUCACCUGUCUGAUGUCCCAAAUGAUCAGACUCUCAUCUGUCUGAUGUCACGGACAAUCAGACUCAUCCAUCUGAUGUCCCAGAUUAUCCAACUCUUAUCCGUCUGAUGUCACAGAUUAUCAGACUCCCACCUGUCUGAUGUCCCGGAUGAUCAGACUCUCAACCGUUUGAUGUCUUAGACAGUCAGACUCUCAUCUUUCUGAUGUCUUGGAGAAUCAGACUCUCAACCGUUUGAUGUCUUAGACAGUCUGACUCUCAUCUCUCUGAUGUCCCAGAUUAUCAGACUCCCACCUCACUGAUGUCCCAAAUUAUCAGACUCUCAUCCGUCUGAUGUCUCAGAUUAUCAGAAUUCCACCCGUCAGAUGUCCCAGAUUAUAAGACUCCCACCUGUCUGAUGUCCCGGAUGAUCAGACUCUCAAACAUUUGAUAUUUUAGACAGUCAGACUCUCAUCUCUCUGAUGUCUUGGAGAAUCAGACUCAUCCACCUGAUGUCCCGGACAAUCAGACUGGUCCAUCUGAUGUCCCAGAUUAUCAGAUUCCCACCUCUCUUAUGUCCCAAAUUAUCAGACUCUCAUCCGUCUGAUGUCACGGACAAUCAGACUCAUCCAACUGAUGUCUCCGAUUUCCACCCGUCAGAUGUCCUAAAUUAUUAGACUCCCACCUGUCUGAUGUCCCGAAUGGUCAGACUCUCAACUGUUUGAAGUCUUUGACAGUCAGACUCUAAUCUCUCUGAUGUCUUGGAGAAUCAGACUCUCAUCCAUCUGAUGUCCCAGAUUAUCAAUUCCCACCUCUCUGAUGUCCCAAAUUAUCAGACUCUCAUCUGUCUGAUGUCACAGACAAUCAGACUCAUCCAUCUGAUGUCUCAGAUUUCCACCUGUCAGAUGUCCCAGAUUAUCAGACUCCCACCUGUCUAAUGUCCCAAAUUAUCAGACUUUAAUCCAUCUGAUGUCACAGACAAUCAUACUCAUCCAUCUGAUGUCUCAGAUUAUCAGACUUCCACCCGUUAGAUGUCCCAAAUGAUCAGACUCCCACCCGUCUAAUGUCCCAGGCAAUCAGACUCAUCCAUCUGGGGUCGCAGAUUAUCAGACUCUCAUCUGUCUGAUGUCAUGGACAACCACAAUCUCAUCCAUCUGAAGUCCCGGACAAUUAAACUCAUCCAUCUGGUGUUACAGAUUAUCAGAUUCUGAUCUUGUGACUGAACUAAACUAGAUUAUAAUAAUCAGGUUUGUUGUCUGAUCUUUAUUCACACACAAACUGAUUAAAUCCCUGUAAUUCACUGUAUUGUUGGUAGUUAUUAGUGAAAUAUAUUGUUGCUUGUAAUCGUGUUGCUCAUUGUGAACAGGAUUGAAUCACACAUUCUUUAUAUGUGGUUAAUUUCUGCCUCUAUAUUUGUUUUAAAGUUGACUACACUGCUGUUGUAGAUUUAUUUGCUAUAUAUGUGAGUGAUUA